UCGUUCUCUCUUCUAAUACCCUCUAAUGAUCCCACUUCAAGUGAUAUUUAUAUGUUAUGACAAUGUCAAUAGGAAAAGACUCGAUAAUUACUAUAAACAGCAAGCAACUUGAUCCAUCUGGCCAUCAAAGAUCACCGGAUGAGACUGGAACUCCAAAGGAAUUCAAGACCCAAUUAGUAGACAUAGACAUUGCAUUAGUAGUAGAAUGGAAUCAGGAAGUCUUGAUUUGACCAUAAAUAUCUUUCUUUGAUUUUAUAUUAGAGAGUGACAACAGUUCUGCUUCUUGUUUAACCCAUUUAGAUGUACUUGUGCCAGCCAAUUUGAGUUUUCUUAAAUUAUGUUGUUUGGUUUCUGUAUGAGAAUUUGGAAUUUUCUUGUUAUGGUUUUUGUAUUUGAGUUGUUGCCAAAGCAAUAUAAAUUGUUAAUCCCUUGCAAAGUAUUUUUGCUGUAGUUUUAUGCAUGUUUCAAGAUUUAUAGCUUUGUGAUUAGUGUAUAUUUGAUGGUUCUGGCUUAUAACAUGACACUAUGUUAUUAUCAGGUUGGAUUAGUGGCUCCAGUGGCUGUGGUUGUUCCCCCUGGAAACACUGGUCUAGAUCCCUCUCAGACUUCUUUCUUCCAGGUCCUUAACAUUCCCACCAAGAUUAACAAGGGUACUGUUGAAAUCAUCACCCUUGUGGAGCUCAUCAAGAAGGGUGACAAAGUGGGUUCUUCUGAGGCUGCUCUUCUAGCCAAACUUGGGAUUAGGCCGUUCUCAUACAGUCUUGUGGUUCUUACUGUGUAUGACAAUGGUUCAGUCUUCUACCACUACAUGCUUGCAUUAGUAGAUUAGAACAUACUAGAUUAAAACAUAAAGAUUCAAGAAAACACACACCCAUUAAAAUUUACACCUAGUAUUAAAAAUCAUAGUACUUGAACUGUAGGUCGGUUAUCCAAAGGAAUUCAAGACCCAAUUAGUAGACAUAGACAUUGCACUAGCUAUAUAAUUGUAAAUUUGAUUUCGUCAAUUUUCAUCAACUACAGAACAGUUUUGGCUUUUUGACUUCGACAAGGUUUAUUCUAGCAAUGU